CAGUACGUCGUUUCAGUUGCAAUUUGAUCCGCCCACAACACGUACAAUCAGUUUUGAAUCCGGUGUAUAAUGUAUAUAAUGAUGAAUAAAUGCAAGACAUGACAAGGAAUAAAAAUAUUAAUGAGUCAUGAAGAGUCGUUAGUAAAAAUGUCUCGUGUCGGUUGCUCGAGGAAGGAGUUUCCACCGCCAUUUAGACCUGAUCUUAUUAGUUGGAUCCGACAAAGGAAAACUGUUGCUGCGGGUCAUGGGUACUCUGGAGAAAGGGGGGUCUGGAGAUAGGCCGUUCGGCGUGUCAGGAUACCUAUCGAAAAUCUGGAUGGACAGGACCGAACGUGGCUUGAUGUUCCCUGUGGCACUGCUUAGUACAGAGCUAGUCAUUGAAUGGGGCUACUGGGGCGUGGAGGAGAGUUUCGUGAAUCCUUUCUGCAACAGGAGCGUUUCAUGGAGAAUGUACGGCAAUGAGAGAGGUAGGGGUGAUGGCGAUGGCGAUGGCGAAGACGACGUCUGCGUAGUUGACGCUCGAGCGAGUAGACAAGGUGAGAGCGUGGGCGCAAGAAAGAAGGGGUUAAAACUGUUAAGAGCACGGCCACGGUGCUCUGAAGAGGAUAUUAAAGCCAAAAUGAAGCAAGCCACACGCAUAGAGAUCUUGUGUAUUAUUGACUCCAUUAACGUUGGAGCGCUUCACAUCGACUUCGGCAACAGCAAGGGCGGCUGUCGGAUGUGUCCUAUAUACUGGUGCGUUCGGGCUCUAUACGCAAAACUGAGAGACCGUCACCAUAUGUCCGGUGACAGAUUAUCAGCUCAGAAGGUGCCUUUGCUUGCGAGGGAAGAGAUUGAGGCAAAGAGAAUCGUGGCGAUAUCAACGGUCAAAAGACAUGGGACAAAGAAAUUACCGUGGUUCGUGGUAAUGCAUCGUUUGUCAGAGCUCCCCGCGCACGAUGCCCGAAGCUAG